CAUCAUUCAUUUGUUUGAAUAGUUUUUGAAAAGUUAUUUGUCACGCAUUCUAACUUCAGUCAUUCUAUGACUGUUAAACAGUGUAAACGUGACAAGUAACAACAAAAUGAGUAAAUUAAUGCUUUGUACAUAAAUGUGUUUAUCAGUGCAUAAGUUGUAAUCACGAUUAAAUAAUUACGAAAUAAGAAAAAAAAAAAUAUCUCUAACAUAAUUUUUCAAAAACAAAAAAAAAAUUAAUAACAAAAAAAAUAUAUUUAUUCAUGGUGUUUUUUUUUUUUUUUUUCAUUUCAUCUUGCAACAAUGAAGUUAUAAUGAUGGGGAAUGAUGUCAUUAUUUACUCUUGAUAGCAUCAUAAAAAACUUCAUUAUAAAUCUCGUAGACAUACUUUCAUGUUUUUGCGGGUAUGCGUGCAUGUGUAUGCGCGCGUGUGUGUGUGUGUGUGUGUGUAUGAAUAAAGAUGUGCCGUUUCGACCGCAUAUAUUUAUAUAUGUGUGUGCGUUCAUGUGUCAGUAUGCUUGAGAGUGAUGUAUGCCGAGUGUUUAACAAAUUGAAUACGUAGAGGAACUUAAUACAACAAUAAUAGCGUCACACACAAAUUGCUGAAUAAAGGCCGACCAUAUAUCUUACACAAUAUUCAACAUGGAUAAAGGAAUUUACAACAGCCACAAUAACAACAGCAAUAACCGCAGCAGCAGCCAUUACAAUCAAAAUAAUAAUAUUUAUAUAUUAAAUUCAGAUCAAACAAUUUUAUCACAUGGAACGGACAUUUUUAACACCAAUUCAUCUUCUUAUGCUGGUUACCAUUACGGACCAAUACCGCAAACUUUAACUAAUCAAAGUAGUAAACCGUUAGCAUACACAUCAGCUUUGUCGUCGUUAUCGUCAAAUGUAACGCCAUGCACUACAUCGACAGCAUCAAUGUGUUCGCCUGCAGCGAAUGCUUUACAAAAGUUAUUCAAAUGCAGUACUAGUCUUAUGACCAAUAAAUCAAACCACAAUACUAAACAUCAAAAUCAUCAUCAUCGUCAUCGUCAUCAUCAUUCUCGCCUACAGCAGCAACAACAACAACACCAACAACAGCAACAACAACGAGAGCAACAACCGAAUACAGAACAUGCAGAGUCGUCCUCAUUGCUUAGUAGAGCGUGUAUCGGUAGCACCUACACGUUUAUCGGCAGCAAUAAAACACUAAAAACCAAUUUAAGUGGCAACAAAUCACAAUUGCUGGCCAAAAAAACGAAAUUCUGGAAAUUAUUGGAAAAUGAGGGAACGAAAAAUAGUAAAAGUUCGCAAACGAAUAGUAAUUUCAAAUACUGGCACGAAUGCUGUAACGGGGAUAAAAUCAAACAUUUGUCGCCUCAGCAUAAAAAUGCUGAAGAUUUAUGGCCUCUGACUUGCAGUCUAUGCGAUAAUUGCCGUUGCAUGGAUUGUCAGAGCGGUUACUUCGACUACGAUUAUGAAACUGAUAGUGAUUCGGAAUAUUCAUUGCAUUUAAGUGAUAAUGAAUUUGAAUCACAAAAUUUCGAUUUAAUAAGUUUACAGAAAUUAGAUUUGACUGAUGAUAACUGCAAUGAAUGCAAUGAAUGCCAACGACAGUUAGAUGAUGAAGGGAAAAGAAAUCAACCAGCACUCAACAAUGUCAAGGACAAUAAAAUCAAUAGCUAUAAUAGUAGUAAACAAAAAAUAACCAACAAAUCAACAAUAGAUAACGAUGAUGAUGAGAGUUCGUCGGUUUGUUUACUUACAAAGCAAGCACAAAAUUUAAAUGCGAUUGAAUAAUAACAACAGCAACAGCAUUGUUUUCAUUUUUUCGCUUGAAACAAUAAUACGAACAAUAACAACAACAAAAGCAACAGUAACUUGGAAAAACUUGGCGAUUUGAUAUAAAAAAUAAAAGAUAUUCAGAUAGUACAUCUCCUUUGCUCGCUCUGCCUUCUUACCUAUAUCUAAGAUUAUUAGUUACAUGUGCAACACACGAGAGAGGUCAUAGCAACCGAAACUUUAUUAAUUGUAAGCCUUGCUAAAAAGUAGUGCAUUAGAAUUGAGUCGAAUCAAAACUUAUGCUUAACGAUGAUAUUAAACCAAGCGUAAUACAAAUAUUACAACAAUGGACAACACAACAACACAAACAGAUCAUUAAUUAACCUUGCAGCAUAAUCAAAAACGAUUG